UCGUUUUACUAGGAGUGACACCCCUCGCCAUAAACACCGAAGAAAGACUCUGGAGCUGUUGCCGUCGUCUGGGUUACAGACCCUGCCGUCGAGUCCACUCUGAUCACCCGGAGCAAGCCAACGGCGCAGGCGAUCGAAGCUUGAAGAGAACGAAACCGGAAACUCUAACCGCCAACGAAUCACCCUUCGUCUUUCUCACGACUUCAGAGCCUUAAGGAUCAAGUGAGCCAUUUUGCAAUGUGGAUCAUGAGUGGGUUGCUUUAGCGGAUGAAGAUCAUCCGCAUUCAAUUUUCUUUGUUGAUGGAGUUAGUAGUCACCACCAGGAUCUUCUGUCUUUCAAGAUACUUACGGUAAAAGCACUUAACCAAGCCUGUGGAGUGCCGUUGAUUGGUGCUGAGGUUCUCACGCAGCCCCCUUGGCUUUUGGAGGAGUUCAACAUGAACAGAGAGGAAAGAGAAACAGCUAGGUCAUGGUUAUUCAUGUCCGAAAGCGACAUACCUGGUCAUCCGUGGGUUGUGACUGGACAAAGGCGUGUUUAUGGGAUUGAAUGUACCACGUGUGUCAUGUAUCAAAACCCUCCAUUUGGGCGAUUCAUACUUUCUAGAUACAGAUCCCCUCUCCAUGAAGACUCUGUCUACUGGUUAAAUUUCAACGAAAGAAAUGUGGGCAGCUGGAAAAUGUUCUUACAAAACAAUGCCGCGAAUGCUCAAAAGAACAAGAUCACAAGGGAUGAUAACAGGAGGUACAAUGCUGGAAUAAGUGAAAAUCUUGCGCAGAAUCGUGAUGACAAUUUGGUCAACCAACUUUCUGGGAUGACAAUGCACUGAAGAGGCCGACUCAGGAAUAGAUCGCAACUCUGUCUCUCCCUUUCAUCGGAUCCUUUAUAUACUCUCACUUUGCAACAAACCUAUUUCUGUUCGACUAUUGUAUUGUUUUGAGUUUAACUAAACCAAACCAGAGUAAACCAAGUCAGUUUAUUCUAUUUUAGGUUUGUUUUGGUAAA